AUUAAUGAAGAAUUAAAAUGCAAUAUUAUGGAAUUUAUAAAUGCACCAAUUGGGCAUAACAAUCUUGCUACUGAAUCUCACUCACAAGCUUGCUAUACAAGUCGCUUACUUAAUUUUACUAGUAAACAAUUGAAUGAAAUUCUUGAAAGUAAAAAUUCACAAACUAGUGUACAAGUGAGUGAAAUGCUAGUAAGCGAAGAUUUGGAUGAAUGCAUAUUUAAUUUAAAGAAAUUAGAUAUCAAAACAAAUGAAAAUUAACUAAUUAUUUGUGUUUUAAAAAAAGAUAUAGUUUUUUU